CUCCCUUGUCAAGAUGGCGACCUCCAUAGCGGUUUCUACAAAUCAAUUAAUCAUUGAGUCUCUAAAAAUUCUUACAUCACCGGGUGGAUCAAAAUAUUUAGUUUCCGAAGAUGGAUCAGAAGAAUUACUAAAUACAGUACUUCAAAUGAAUUUAAAAUUGUUUUUAGAAUUUUUGUCCAAGAAUCCUUCUUUGUUAGACAAUAUUAAACUGGAAAGUAAUUUUCUCCCGGAAGAUAUGGGUCAAUCGUUCCAAGCAUGCGACAACAUUACAGUCAGACAAAAAUAUGCUGAAAUAUUCACUGUUCUGUUGAACUGCUUAAGGAGAAAUGUUAGUAAUAAAAUAUUUGAAACAAAUUUGAAAGGAGAUAUAAAUAAGGAGUCAGGAUUGGCUGAUGAUGCUCUUAGUGUCCAGCAAGAAAAAAUUAUAUCAACAUCUCUCCAAUUCCUGUUGGUCUUAGGUAUAUACCCAUACCUUCCUCCUGGAGUUGGCAUCCCUGUUUCACAGCGACUUGGUCCUGGACAAAUCUUUUUGGCAACUGCAAAUGAUUAUUCAUCAGAGUUAAAUGACUUGCAGAGAAUUCGGCUCAUUCUUCCAAUCAUUAAGCUGUUCUGUGAUUUGUUUUCUGUGCCUUCACUCCAGUCAUUGAUUGUCAAUAAUUACCUGUCUGAUGUGUUAACUGCAUUGAUCUAUCUCAGACACUGCGCAAAACUUAUCAUGAAGAGAACAGACUUUAGCGUGAAGACUUCAGUUGAUGACACAGCUAUAAACAAGGAUAGAAAAACACUUAGCCUUAAUGACAUAUCACAAGAAGUAUCUAACCAGAAUGCAGAUGUUCUUGUGUACCCAAUAACAAAAACAUUCAUGAACAUUGAUCCCUAUCAGCAGCCAUGGAGUCUACUUGCAGUUAUAAAGUAUACCAAUAUCAACAUUGAUUUAGUCAUCAGAUCAUCCAGUGCUUCGCUAGUGUUAAAAUCCUUAAUGAUAUUAUCUGGAGCUGGAAAGGCAAGUUCUCUGACACCAAAAACACCACCAUGGUUCAGGAGAAUAAUAGCAGGCAUAAUGAAAGAUGUCCUAAUGGUUCCCCCUGGUGUUUUACAUUUUAUCUCAUCAUUCAUUGCAGAGUCAGCAUCAUCCAACAGCAACUCACAAGACUGGCAGAAUUGUAAAGCUGUUGCUCAGAUAAUCUCAAGAUGUCCAGUUAAUGAUAAAAAUAUGCAUCAGUUUUUUACAUCAGUUUGUCAUCAGCUGAUAGACUUGUUGCAGUCCGCUCAGAUUAAAAGUCACCCCCUUAUAAUAAGAGCUGUUGGUGCCACCAUUUCAGAAGUGAACCUACUCCAACCAGUCAUCAUGAAAGAUGUUUGCCUUUCCCACCUACACUCUCCUUUGCUGAGGCUUGCAUCAAAUCAAGGUUUGUCAUCUGCUACAAGUGAUUUUGUUUUGCCAGAGACAGUUCUGACUUCCUGCAUUGAAACUUUACACAAGCUUUACAUCAUUGGCCAAGAGCCUCAAUCACCCUUCCUGAAGACAUUGUUUCCAGUAGUUGGGAUUCUCUUUUCCCUUUUUGUUUUCAUCAGAAGUAGCCAUUGUAAUCUCAGGACUUUGUGCUGUGAUCUUGUCAAAAGUUAUCUGACUGCAUGUGACACUAACACAGGAAUUAGUUGCCUGAUGGCAUUAGUUCUACAGUCAACAGAGACCUACCCAUGUGUUAGUCAGAAUGUCAAGUUGAUCUGGGGAUCCAGUGGAGGAGUGGAAGCAAUCAAAUCAGAAGCCACAGAGAAACAUCAAGAAAUGAGUUCCUGGACUCUGCCAGUAGAUGCUGCUCUUGAUAUAAUAUCUAGUUUAGACAACCCAGAGUUGAUUUCAGAUCUUUUCAUUCAUCUAUUGCAGAAGCUAACUGAAAUCAUCUCUGCAGAGACUUUACAAGUUGGCAUUGUGCUACCUGGUAUAAGUUUGGCAAAAGAUCAGCAGUCUGCCAAAUUAGAUGAACUGAAGAAAAAAAUUGUCAUGAUAAGCUUUUUGGCUUCACUGGGGGAGAAAUUUGGUGAAAAUGUGAUUCAGAGUUGUCAGCAUGUCUUGUUAUUCACCAAGGUGACUCUAGAAAGAUGUCUAAAAGUGUGUCAAAGUUCUGAUGAAGAAAAAACACAAAUGUUUGAAUGGGAGACAGUCUCAAUGGCACUCAGUUUGUUGACUGCUGUGUUAGGUGGGGCAGUUCAGUUGACAGAACAAGAUAAACAGUUGUUGGAUGAGUUGGUUCCCAUACUCACUGCCCUGCAUCAGAAUCAGGCCACUGACCCAAUGGUAAAAGAGAUGGCUGAAGACUUGAAAAUAGCAGUGGCUACCCGGGGUCUGGUCUGGGGAGAACUGAACAAAUCCAAACGCAGUACUCAGAAAUCUGGUGUGAAACAAAUGUCAACAAGCUCUAAGUCCACUCAAAGUUUAAUUGAGGUUCUGUCAGAAACAAAUAUUGAUGAUGAGUCACCAAAUGAUGUUGAAAACAGCCACCAAAUGACAGAUGUCCAUCACAGCACCAAGGUUCAACAAGCACUUCAAGAUCUGUGUGACCCACUUUUACCAGUUAGAGGUCAUGGCCUCAUUAGUCUGUCCAGACUGGUGGAGGAUAGGGACCCAGAGGCUCUCAACAAAUCCAAACUGUUGCUCAGAGUAUUCCAAGAGAACUUAACUCACAAUGAUUCCUACAUUUACUUAGCAGCUGUCAAUGGGCUAGCCUCACUGAGUGAUCUGGACCCCAAGAUGGUCAUAGCCUGUCUGACCACUGAGUUCAAAACGCAGUGCUUGGCAAGCAGUGUCAGCUCAAUCCAAACAGUUUUGAAAGUUGGAGAGGCAGUAGUCAAAGCUACCAGACGUUUAGGAGAGCUGACUCCACAUUAUCGUGAUGUACUGCUCACUGCAAUGCUGAUUGGAUGUCGCCAUGGUGAUUCCUUAGUCAGGGCUAGUAGCUUAUCAGGGAUGGCAGAGAUUUGUAAAUUACUUAGAUAUGCUGUUGGACCAGUACUACAUGAGAUUGUGACAUGUUGCAGAGACGUUAUUAACUCUGACCCUGACCCUGAACCUCGGAAGGCUGCAGCCUUGACAUUGAGUCAACUGAUUCAAGGUUUUGGAAGAGAUGCUCUGAAGGCUCUUGAAGAUGUGUUGCUAGAUAUCUAUCGCACCCUCAAGCUAUGCCUAGCCCAUGACAAAGAUGAAAAAGUUCAGCUGAAUGUCCAUCUGGCCUUGACUGAGCUAGACACAGUGAUGAAGGAAGUGUUAUUUGCUAAGCCAGAGCUGAAGAAGACCAUCACCAUUUUGGGCUACCAGUGAUGCUGUCCACCUUUGGUUACCAUGGACACUGUCCAUUUUGGGCUACCAGGAAUACUGUCCAUCUUUGGCUACCAAAGACACUGUCCAACUUGGGCUACCAGUGAUGCUGUUCAUGUUGAUGACCAUGACUUUGCAGAAAAUUUCAGAUUAAAGUGAAUCCAGUUUUUAAAAAAAAAUUCUGCUCACAAUUUCAAGCAAUUUACUUGAAUACAUUGGCUCUCAGUGUCAGUCCAGUGAUGUUGAUGAUGACCUAUCUGGUCCUGCUGGCAAGCUUCUUGUCUUCUUAUUGUCAGGCUUAUGAAACAAAAUUUUGAGGACAAUCUUGUGGAUAGAGCUAUUAAGUCCCUAGAUAUUCAGCUUUGACUGUAUUGAAGUGUAUUGUUGACUGUACUACUGCUGAUAUGAAUAUUACUAAUUUACAUGAGACCAGAAGCCUAUUGAUUAAAACCUUUUUCAUGUUA